AUGAGAAACUCAUACAAAACAGAACUUGCAAGGCAAAUUUUGCUCAGUUUUAUUGUGAAGUCAGUGCACGAUAGUUUAGGUUCCGCCCAAGCUAAACCAGAGAGGAAGCCAAGUGGAUCAGAUGAAGCUACUAAUGAACAGAGCAGCAACUUAGGCAACAAUGCUUCUGGUCGCAAAGAUUCAGAUAAACAAGAGAAAGCCAUGGAGGUUCCUAAGGGUCUGAAGGAUACAGAGGGGUUUACAUUUGUUUCAAAAUGUCGAAGGCGGCCACAACCAUUCUUGAACCCCAUAAAUGGCCUCUAUUCUUAG